AUGGUGGCCGUUAAGAAACAAAAGCCACCAAAGGACACGGCUGACCUUCAAUCCGACGUCGCCUCUUUCGCGUCCUCCCUCGGUUUUCUCUCAUCCGGCGGCGCCGCCGCCGCCGAUCCCUCGUCCGGCUUCAACGACUCCGAUUUCCGGAAAACUGGCCCCAUCAAGCCUCAGUCUCAAACACUCCCAAAGCCCCAAAUAAAUUCAUCCACGAAAAAAUCUGAAGACAAAAACCGCAAACCGAGACCCAGGAGAAACGACGCUAAACCAGCUGAAAACCAGAGGCAGGGUCCGAAGAACAGUGAUUUUUCGGCGGAAAAAGAUUACAGCAGGUUUAAGAAUCUCCCAAAGCUUCCGUUGGUGAAAGCGAGUGCGCUGGGCGUGUGGCACGACGAUGCUGCUGAGUUGGAGGAGAAAUUGGUCGGUAAAGAUAAGAAAAUAGAGGUAAGAAAUGCCGAGGAGUGGAAGGUUUUGGUGGAGAAGAAGAAGGAGCUGGGAGAACGGUUGUUGGCGCAGUAUGCACAAGAUUACGUGUCGACCCGUGGGCAAAAUGGAGAUAUUAAGAUGCUCUACGCCACACAGAGGUCCGGGACAGCUGCUGACAAGGUGUCAGCACUUUCCGUCUUGAUUGGGGACAAUGCAGUUGCAAAUUCGAGAUCGUUAGACUCGCUUUUAGGCAUGGUGACGUCAAAAGUUGGGAAGCGGCAUGCAUUCACUGCUUUUGAAGCACUGAAAGAAAUUUUUCUCAUUCUAUUACCAGAUCGCAAGCUAAAGAAUCUCUCUCAGCGACCUCUAAAUCAUCUGUCUGAUACAAAAGAUGGCCACUCUCUUUUACUAUUUUGGUAUUGGGAACAUUUGUUAAAAGAAAGGUAUGAACAUUUUGUUUCUGCACUCCAGGAAGCUUCUCUUGAUGUGAUAGUUAAGCUCAAAAGCAUUGCUCUGAAGAUCAUCUAUACAUUGCUGAAGAGCAAAUCAGAACAAGAGCGACGACUACUCUCUGCAUUGGUGAAUAAGCUUGGAGAUCCUGAAAACAAAGUUGCAUCAAAUGCUGACUAUCACCUAGCAAAUAUUUUAACUGAGCAUCCAAACAUGAAGGCAGUGGUGAUUGAGGAAGUAGAAAAUUUCCUUUUUCGACCUCACCUUGGAUUACGAGCCAAAUAUCACGCUGUGAAUUUCUUGAGUCAAAUUCGUCUGAGUCACAAAGGAGAUGGGCCUAAAGCAGCAAAGAAGUUGAUUGGUAUCUAUUUUGAUCUAUUCAAGGUUUUGAUAUCAGAGAGUGGGGCAUCACAAUCUGGUGGAAAGAAUGAUGGAAAAGUUUCAACUUCCUCAAAAGAUGGUAAAUCGAAAGCCUCUUCAGGAUUGCAUGUAGAAAUGGACUCGCGGUUAUUGUCAGCUCUUUUAUCUGGUGUUAACAGAGCUUUUCCGUUUGUCCCUAGUGAUGAAGCUGAUGAUGUAGUACAGGUCCAGACACCUGUGUUAUUUCAGCUGGUUCAUUCGACGAAUUUCAAUGUUGGGGUUCAAGCCUUAAUGCUUCUUGACAAAAUUUCAUCUAAAAACCAAAUUGUCAGCGACCGAUUUUAUCGUGCCUUGUACUCGAAACUCCUACUCCCAGCUGCCAUGAAUUCGUCCAAGGAGGAAAUGUUUAUUGCAUUAUUAUUGAGAGCAAUGAAGAAUGACAUUAAUCUGAAGCGAGUUGCUGCAUUCUCGAAACGUUUGUUGCAGGUUGCCUUACAGCUGCCACCGCAGUAUGCAUGUGCUUGCCUUUUUUUGCUAUCAGAAGUCCUCAAAGCACGCCCUCCUCUUUGGAAUAUGGUGCUGCAAAACGAGGCUGCUGAUGCUGAUGAAGAUCUUGAGCAUUUUGAAGAUAUUAAUGAAAACAACGAAAACCAUGCCAUCUCUGUUCAAGACAAUAGUGAUGAAAAGAAACCUGUUGCUGACAUCAGCAAUGGUUCGGACAGUGAUGGUGAUUCCUCAAAUGAUGAUGAAGGUGGUUCUGCAACUUCAGGUUCUGACAGGGACGGUUUUGACGAAGGAGAUGAUUUACUUGUUGAAGGUGGUUUCGAUAAAGUUGAGGAGAUUAAGAUAAUAACCUCUGACCAUAAGGUGCCGAAUCUCCAAGAAGGCACAUUGCCUGGAGGCUACAAUCCCAGGCAUAGGGAACCUAACUAUUGCAAUGCAGAUAGAGUGGGCUGGUGGGAGCUAAGAGUGCUUGCAUCACACGUGCAUCCAUCGGUAGCUGCAAUGGCCGGGACCCUACUUUCCGGAGUCAAUAUUGUCUAUAACGGCAAUCCCCUAACCGACCUUUCUCUUAGUGCUUUCCUCGACAAAUUCAUGGAGAAAAAACCAAAGCAGAACACAUGGCACGGUGCCUCUCAGAUCGAACCCGCGAAGAAGGUUGACAUGAACCACCACCUGAUAGGACGUGAGAUCCUAUCACUGGCAGAGGAUGAAGUGCCGCCCGAAGAUAUUGUUUUCCACAAAUUCUAUGCCAAUAAAGUAAACUCCUCCAGAAAAACCAAGAAGAAGAAGAAGAAGAAAAUGGCAGAUGACGAGGCGGCCGAGGAGCUUUUUGCAGUUGGUGAUGAGGACCCGAGUGAAGAUGACGAGAUUGAAAACGUGUUGUUCCCGGGCCAAACUCUAUUAGAGGCGGACAAUGGUGAUUAUGAUUAUGAUGACUUGGACAAAAUUGCCGAUGAUGAUGAUGACAACUUAGUUGGUGGUGCUAGUGAUGACGAUGACGAGAUGGAUGACAUGGACGAGAUCGCUGAUGUGGAAGAGAUGGAUGACGUGGACAAUGUGCCUUUAGAUGAUGAUGAUGUGGCAAACGAGGAGGAUGAGGAGGUUGAUUUCGAGGGGAAGAGAAGGAAGAGGAAGUCGAAAGGUGGUGCAGGGGUUUCCCCUUUUGCGAGCCUUGAGGAAUACCAGCAUUUGAUGGAGGGGGAUGAUGAAUUCCAGCCGUCCAUUGAUGAUGAGGACCAUCAACUUAAGAGAAAGAAGAAGAGAACGGAGGAGAAGGGCAGCAAAUCGAAGAAAUCAAAGAAAAAGAAGAGAAAUGUCGCUUAG